CUCCACCUCCCACACCCACGGGGCUAACUAAUUACUAUAAAACAUGACAUCGCAUCGUUCAUCCAUCACUUGUGGGUAUCUGCUUUCCCCAGUUCUCAUUCCUCUAGAGAACGAGUUCUAGCCUCAUGGAGGAAAUGCCUUUGAGCGAGUCAAGUCCUCGAGGGGCAGAGAGGGGCAGAAAGCCAUGGCUCUUGUGCACAGUGGCUCUGUUACUGAUGCUGCUCUGUUCCUUGGGUACACUGAUCUAUACUUCACUCAAGCCAACUGCCAAAAAGUCCUGCAUGGUUAACUUUGAACUAUCAUCCUCAAAAUGGCAAAUGACAUCUCCUGAACCUCACUGUGUGAAUACGAUAUCCGAUGGGAAGCUGAAGAUUCUGCAGAGUGGCAGAUAUUUAAUCUACGGCCAAGUGGUUCCUGUCGAUAAGAAACACAUAAAAGACAAGGCUCCUUUUGUAGUACAGAUAGUUAAAAACAAUGAUGUCCUACAAAAGCUAAUGAAUGAUUUUCAAAUCUUACCUAUAGGAGGGGUUUAUGAACUGCAUGCUGGAGAUAACAUACAUUUGAUGUUCAACUCUAAAGGCCAUAUUCAGAAAAAUAACACAUACUGGGGGAUCAUUUUAAUGCCAGAUCUCCCAUUCAUCUCUUAGAAAUUGGGUUUGAUCUCCUCAUCUUCUUCUGUGUAUCCAGAGACGCUGGUGGGUGGGUUGGAGGGGGGUUGAUUGUUGGCAAUGCACACAGUUUGUGAGGGCUUACAAUUUGACACAAACAGAGCCUCUUGGCGUAUAAAAAGUUUAACCCUCACAUCUGUUUGAAGAGGACUGUUUGGGUCAAUCCCUAAUGUUGAGUCUGCAAGUGGACUUGUACAAUCCAUGAUAAAAAGGAGUAUGGGCAACAGAAGACAGAAACACCUCCAAAGAAUGUCUGUCUAACCUGGAUCCCUGGGUUGAAUGAGGUCCUGUUUCCAUGGGAGUCUUACUUGGCUUGCAAAAAGGGUGUAGGGCAGUAGCUUGGCCUUUUUUUUCCAUCAGAAUUUCCUUGAGCUGUUUUACUUUAAUUCCUUCAAACUCUCACCUUCUGAGAGCCUCCUAAUGAAACAUUGUUAGACUGGUGGGGUGGCCAAGACAUGCCAACAACACCCUUCUUUUGAGGUGGUGUUUUAAGAGGACAGAGAACAUUAUGAAGCCUAGAGGGACAGAGGUCGAGAUGCCACGAAAUGGAAUUGAUAUGGGAUUUUUUUUUUUUUGUCAUCCUCAGGAUGCAGGUUCAUCCUGAACUUUCCCCUAAGCCUUCAUUGCUUUUGUGUGUAUGUGUGCAUAAAUUCUGCAAGUAGAAAAAUGAAAGUUUGCACCAGUACUCACUAGAUUUAACACCAGAAAGUGAUACUUCUCUGGCUGUAUUAUGCAAUGAUAGCACAUUUUUGGUUGGUGUUCCCUAACUGGCAAUUAUAACAGUUUUUCCUAAACCACACAACAAUGCUAUGACGUUAAUGGGGUAGAUAUUUUUGGGAAAAAAUUGCACAGUGAGAACAUGGGUAGACGAACCCUAGACUCUUACCUCAGUUCAGAACUCACAAUGAAUUAAGUGAGUGGGGUCUUCAUUAGACCAUUCACAUGGUCUCUGCUUUGAAACCGGUGUUUCUCCAGUCUCAUUAUACAUCGCUAAAAUGGAAUUAAUUCAACUUUGAGAUGGAUGCAUUGACUUUACCCCAAGGUGGCCAGAAUGAAGCUGCAAGACUUUUACCAGCAGGCAUUUUCCUCUUCUUGCCUGGAGCAAGACGAUCCAGGAUACUAUUGGAAGAGUUCAUCUCACUCAACCAUGCUGACUUUCCAAAGAAAUAAUGAACAUUUGUGUUCAACUUUUGGAUUCUGUUAAAUUUAGCCAGCUCGUGAGUUCUUGUAGAAAAGUAUUUUAAACCAGUUUACAAUAUUUAUGGGUAUUUGUGGAAAGCUAUAUAGUGAUAUUUUAUAUUAAACUAAUUUAAAAAUAUUUUUAUUAUAUGUAACAAAAAUACUAUAGGCUAAGCUAUUUCUUCUUAUUUUUUUAUGAAUACUUGCUGAAUUGCCAAAGGGUACAAAGACUCUUGUGUCUGCAUAUCUUCUCAGGAAAUUAAAAUUAUAUCAUAUGUAUUUAUAAAAA